CGCGCCGCCGUGGCUGCGCAGUGCCAGUUGCGUGCGUGCACGUGUGUCUGUGGCGUGCGUGUGGGUGCUGUUUCGUUUCUCGAGUAAGGACACAGGAUGGUGAUCUCGCAAGAGAUGCUGCUGAAGGCGGAGGAGGUCGCAGAUCAGGUGAUCCGCAAUGGAAAGCACGUGCUUCCAACACUCGCACGAUUAUGUCUUAUUGCCACAUUCUUGGAGGAUGGCCUACGAAUGUGGUUUCAAUGGAGCGAGCAACGAGACUACAUGGACUCAUCGUGGGGCUGUGGCAAAUUUCUGGCCACAGUCUUUGUCCUUGUGAAUCUUGUGGGGCAGCUGGGUGGAUGUGUCAUGGUAAUCGGCAGAUGGCGAGUUAGCAUAGCUUGCAGCGUCCUGUUCUUCAUUGUAAUUCUGCAGACUAUCGCCUAUAGCAUUCUGUGGGACAUGCAGUUCCUCUUCAGGAAUCUAGCACUGAUAGGCGCACUCUUGUUAGUGCUGGCCGAAUCUCGAGUCGAAGGGAGAUCACUAUUCGCCGGUAUACCCAGUCUCGGCGAUAACAAGCCGAAGAACCUGUUGCAAUUAGCCGGCCGGAUUCUGCUGGUGUUUAUGUUCAUCACGCUAAUACGCAUAGAGAUGUCCUUCCUGCAAAUCCUCCAGAACAUUGUCGGUGGCAUUCUCAUGGUGUUUGUGUGGAUUGGGUAUAAGACUAAGCUGAGCGCGUUAUUGCUCGUCAUCCUGCUCACCGCGCUAAAUCUUUACCACAAUGCGUGGUGGACCAUUCCUGAUUACAAGCCACUUAGGGACUUCCUCAAGUAUGACUUCUUCCAAACAUUAUCAGUCAUCGGUGGCCUCCUGAUGAUAGUCUCUCUAGGUCCAGGUGGAGUAUCGAUGGACGAGCAUAAAAAAGAAUGGUAGAAAGGACUCUACUUAUGAAUGUGGAAGAUGCGUAUGCCAUCGGGUUGUUAUCAUCAAGUUAAUUACGUCUCCCAUUCCUGUCCCUUUAUACGCUCAAUGAAUCCUAAGUGAAUCGUCGUAUGUCAAACGACAGCAAAAACUUAGCCAACACCAGCAGUUCUGGGGCGAUCCUUUUACCUUGACUUAAUUGACUAAUUGAGGUUCGUGUUUUUAACACUGUCUAAUGCGAAGCAAUUAAGACCUUUAAGAUGAUUCGUAAAACGAAAGUCCAUUUUAUACGAUCUGUGAUACGUGAUGGAAUUCGGGACAAAAAUUUUGUUUGUAAUUUUACUGAAGUACAGAGACAGUUAAAGAUUCGUAAGUAUAUGUUAAUAUAUGUAUAUGUAUGCAUAUGUUAGAUAUCCUCUAGUUAAUUUGUAGAUAUCCUCUAGUUUUCCGAAUGUUUGCUGUGUUAUGGAUGCGCAUAAAAUUACAGAUAGCAUUGCCUCUCAAAUUCUGUCUUACAAGUUACGGAUCUAAAAUGAGUUCGGAAGCUUACUGUAGAACAUAAAUUUAAACAAACAAAAAUGAGAAAACGAAAGAAAUAUACAAAGACUAAUUUAUACUACGGAUAAUGGUAUUGUACAUACGACAUCACGUAUCUGAUAUGGAUAACGUAUCUUUUUCUAUUUUGAAUUGAUUCGAUCGCUUCGUGACCGAUUUGUACCGAUAUAUGUUCUUCCAUUGUUCUGAAAUUUGAUCCACGAGUUUCCGGGGAGAAAUUCUCUGGGAAUCCGACGUCUAGUUAAUAAUAUAGUCCGUUUCAUUAUAAUUUUUUUUUAACUUAAUUGACUUUGUAAAUAAGCGUUCUAGAUUGUCUUAAUUACGCAAUGAAAGAGAGAAAGAGAAAAGGGUGUUAACGAGAAAUCAGCAGGUUAAGGGUUAUUAGUUAGCUCUAAUAAUACAUUGUACGAAAAUAAAUCGAUCUUAAAAUAGUGCACGUCUAAGUCGCUCUCUCUCUCUCUCUUUCGUUCUCUAUGUCAGUAAAGCUAGAAAGGAAGAGAGAGAGAGAGGAAAGGAGAGGAAGAAGGGAGGUGCAAUCGUAUAAAAGUGCAACGCCUUGUCAAAAUCUUCACUGUACGAAGUGGCCGGUGAAGCUUGUCUGUGCAACAGCGAAAAGUUGAAACUCUAAAAGUC